CUUAUGGGUGGUUCACAAGUUAAAUCAUUGAAUUUCUCCUAUCACCCAAAAUAAUACUCCGUAAUAAUAAUUCAUUAAAAUGGUAUUUGUGACGUCAGUGGAGAUGGCUUGCUUAAUUUAGACCGCAGACUGUGGAUUAUAGUAUAGGUAUAGCCCGAGAGAAAGUUUGACACCUGCAGCUGCAAAGCAAUGGCCUCAUCAACAGAGUCAUCAGUAUUGGCUUCUGAUAUAUGCAAAGAGAUAAGCUCCGUCUUCUCCAAAUCUACUUCAAACCCGGCGGCGCUUGAUGUGAUGGUGGAAGAAAUAGCGGCCGCAGCCACCAGAAAGAGCCGCAUCUUCGUAUACGGCGUAGGGCGGGAAGGUCUGAUGCUGAAGGCUCUGUGCAUGCGCCUCUUCCACCUAGGACUCUCCGCCCACUGCGUCUUCGACAUGACCACUCCUCCCGCCUCCGCCUCCGACCUCUUGAUCGCUUCCGCCGGCCCAGGAGGCUUCUCCACCGUCGAUGCCAUCUGCGGGGUUGCUAGAUCCAGCGGCGCCCGCGUUCUGCUCCUCACGGCUCAGCCCCACUCCGGAUCUUCCGUGGAAUUCGCCACCUCCGUUGCUUAUAUUCCGGCUCAAACUAUGGCCGAUGAUCAAGCCGUUGCCGGCGGCGAGGAAAGCAGCAGCGCAUUGCUACCCAUGGGAAGCUUGUAUGAAGCGGCGAUGUUUGUACUGUUUGAGAUGGUGGUUUACAAAUUAGGUCAAGUUUUGGGGCAAAGCCCUGAAGCCGUCCGCGCACGCCAUACCAACCUAGAAUAACCCCAUUAGCUAUUUGCCUAUUUCCUCACUUCCUCAAAUCAAUGCCUAAACUACUAUGACAUUAUUCAUUCUCCAAUGUUCCAUGUUUAAUAUAAUCUAAUAUUUAUUUACACUUAUGUUAUAUA